AGCCGUAAAACAAGAAGAAGAAUAAGAAAGGGUAAAGGGUAAAGGGUAAAGUUGCUCCCGGCUUCGGCACCAGUAUAUUUUAGUAUGGCUAAACAUCAUCCCGAUUUAAUUUUCUGUCGGAAACAAGCCGGUGUCGCCAUCGGAAGACUGUGUGAAAAAUGCGACGGGAAAUGUGUGAUCUGCGACUCCUAUGUAAGGCCCUGUACCCUGGUUCGUAUCUGCGACGAAUGUAACUACGGCUCCUACCAGGGACGCUGUGUCAUUUGCGGAGGGCCGGGAGUGUCUGAUGCCUACUACUGCAAGGAAUGCACCAUCCAAGAGAAAGAUCGAGAUGGCUGCCCCAAGAUUGUAAACCUGGGAAGUUCGAAGACUGACCUUUUCUAUGAGAGGAAGAAGUAUGGUUUCAAGAAGAGGUGAAGAUAUUCCGGAAAGCUAUACAAUGUUGCUCGUUUUGUACAAAUAUGAUUAAUUUGUGUUGUUUUUUGGACUGGAUUCAGACAAAGAUGUAAUAAAGUCUUUUUAAUAUA